GCGUUACCGGAGCGGAACUGCGGGUACCGUGAGCUCCAGUACUGGGACCAGCGCUACCGGGACGCUGCCCACUCUGCCCCCUACGAGUGGUUCGGAGACUUCUCCUCCUUCCGUGCCCUUCUGGAGCCGGAGCUGCGGCCGGAGGACCGGAUCCUCGUGCUAGGCUGCGGGAACAGUGCCCUGAGCUAUGAGCUGUUCCUUGGGGGCUUUCCUGAUGUGACCAGUGUGGACUACUCAUCAGUAGUGGUGGCCGCCAUGAGGGCUCGCUAUGCCCAUGUGCCCAAGCUGCGCUGGGAGACUAUGGAUGUGCGGGCGCUGGGCUUCCCCAGUGGCUCCUUCGACGUGGUGCUCGAGAAGGGCACGCUGGAUGCCUUGCUCGCUGGGGAACGGGAUCCCUGGACUGUGUCCUCUGAAGGUGUUCACACUAUGGACCAGGUGCUGAGUGAGAUGGUGGAGUACAAACGGGCCACGCUUCGGGAUGAAGAUGCACCCGAGACCCCCAUAGAGGGCGGGGCCUCCCCGGACGCCUUGGAGGUGGGCUUCCGGAAGGGGACAAGACACCUCCUAGGCUCACACACACGGCUGGAGCUGGUCUUGACAGGUGUCUCUCUGUUGCUGGCUGCAUUGCUUCUGGGCUGCCUUGUGGCCUUGGGGGUCCAGUACCACAGAGACCCAUCCCACAGCACCUGCCUCACAGAGGCCUGCAUUCGAGUGGCUGGAAAAAUCCUGGACUCCCUGGACCGUGGAGUAAGGCCCUGUGAAGACUUUUACCAGUUCUCCUGUGGAGAAUGGAUUCGGAGGAACCCCCUGCCCGACGGGCGUUCUCGCUGGAACACCUUCAACAGCCUCUGGGACCAGAACCAGGCCAUACUGAAGCACCUACUGGAAAACGCCACCUUCAACUCCAGCAGUGAAGCUGAACGGAAGACGCAGCGUUUCUACUUGUCUUGCCUGCGGGUGGAGCGCAUUGAGGAGCUGGGAGCCCAGCCGCUGCGAGACCUCAUCGACAAGAUCGGUGGUUGGAAUAUCACGGGGCCCUGGGACCAGGACAACUUCAUGGAAGUGCUGAAGGCAGUGGCCGGGACCUAUAGGGCCACCCCCUUCUUUACUGUCUACGUCAGUGCCGACUCCAAGAGCUCCAACAGCAAUGUCAUCCAGGUGGACCAGUCUGGGCUCUUUCUGCCCUCUCGAGAUUACUACCUGAACAAGACUGCCAAUGAGAAAGUGCUCACCGCCUACCUGGACUACAUGGAGGAGCUGGGGGUGCUGCUGGGUGGACAGCCAGCUUCCACACGGGAGCAGAUGCAGCAGGUGCUGGAGCUGGAGAUACAACUGGCCAACAUCACCGUGCCCCAGGACCAGCGGCGCGACGAGGAGAAGAUCUAUCACAAAAUGAGCAUCGCCGAGCUGCAGGUCCUGGCGCCCUCCAUGGACUGGCUGGAGUUUCUGUCUUUCUUGCUGUCGCCGCUGGAGCUGAGUGACACUGAGCCCGUGGUGGUGUAUGGGAUGGAUUAUUUGCAGCAGGUGUCAGAGCUUAUCAACAGCACGGAGCCAAGCGUCCUCAACAAUUAUCUGAUCUGGAACCUGGUGCAGAAGACAACCUCCAGCCUGGACCGGCGCUUUGAGUCUGCACAAGAGAAGCUGCUGGAGACCCUCUAUGGCACCAAGAAGUCCUGCACGCCCAGGUGGCAAACCUGCAUCUCCAACACAGAUGACGCCCUUGGCUUCGCUCUGGGCUCCCUCUUCGUGAAGGCCACAUUUGACCGGCAAAGCAAGGAAAUCGCAGAGGGGAUGAUCAGUGAGAUCCGGACAGCUUUUGAGGAGGCCCUGGGACAGCUGGUUUGGAUGGAUGAGAAGACCCGCCAGGCAGCCAAGGAGAAAGCAGACGCCAUCUAUGACAUGAUUGGCUUCCCUGACUUCAUCCUGGAACCCAAGGAGCUGGAUGAUAUUUAUGACGGGUAUGAUGUCUCUGAAGAUUCCUUCUUCCAGAACAUGCUGAAUUUGUACAACUUCUCUGCCAAGGUGAUGGCUGACCAGCUCCGCAAGCCUCCCAGCCGGGACCAGUGGAGCAUGACCCCCCAGACGGUGAAUGCCUACUACCUUCCAACCAAGAACGAGAUCGUCUUCCCUGCUGGCAUCCUGCAGGCCCCCUUCUACGCCCGCAACCACCCCAAGGCCCUGAACUUUGGUGGCAUUGGAGUGGUGAUGGGCCACGAGUUGACACAUGCCUUUGAUGACCAAGGGCGUGAGUAUGACAAGGAAGGGAACCUGCGGCCCUGGUGGCAGAAUGAGUCCCUGGCGGCCUUCCGGAACCACACGGCCUGCAUGGAGGAGCAGUACAGCCAGUACCAGGUCAACGGGGAGAGGCUUAACGGCCGCCAGACGCUGGGGGAGAACAUCGCUGACAACGGGGGGCUUAAGGCUGCCUACAAUGCUUACAAAGCGUGGCUGAGAAAGCACGGGGAGGAGCAGCAGCUGCCGGCUGUGGGGCUCACCAACCACCAGCUCUUCUUUGUGGGAUUUGCCCAGGUGUGGUGCUCAGUCCGCACACCAGAGAGCUCUCACGAGGGGCUGGUGACCGACCCCCACAGCCCUGCCCGCUUCCGCGUGCUGGGCACUCUCUCCAACUCCCGUGACUUCCUGCGGCACUUCGGCUGCCCUGUCGGCUCCCCCAUGAACCCGGGGCAGCUGUGCGAGGUGUGGUAGACGUGG